AAAUCUAAAUUACUUAACUAAACACAACUACAAUGUCUGUAAUUGGUAUAACAUUCGGUAACUCUACCUCAUCCAUUGCUGUUGCCACUCAAGAUGGUAAAGUCGAUGUGAUUGCUAACCCAGAUGGUGAUCGUUUCAUUCCAUCCGCCUUAUCCUAUGUUGGUGGUGAUGAAUACCACGGUACCCAAGCUGAAGCCAGAUUAAUCAGAAACCCAGAUAGCACAAUUGUUAAUUUCAGAGAUUUCAUUGGUAAGCAAUUUGAUGAAGUUGAUACUACUGCUGCUCAUCAAGUUGGUGCCAAGGCCGUCAAGGGUCCACAAGGUGAAGUUGCCUACGAAAUUACUAAAAAUGGAAACCCUGAAACUGUUACCGUUCAUGAAAUUGCUAAGAGACAUUUCAUUAAUUUGAAAUUGGCUGCUGAAGAUUUCACCGGUAAGGACGUUGAAGGUGUUGUUUUAACUGUUCCUACCAACUUCACUGAACAUCAAAGAGAAGAAUUAACCAAGAUUGCUGAAGAUGCUGGAUUAAAGACUUUACAAUUGAUUAACGAACCAACUGCUGCUUUAUUAGCUCACUUAUCCACUGAAGAAGAAAAGUUGGCACAAGAUAAAUUAUAUGUUGUCGCUGAUUUCGGGGGUAUCAGAUCUGAUGCUGCUGUUAUCUCAGCCAGAGGUGGUAUCUUAACCAUCUUGGCCACUGCUCAUGAAUUCGGAUUAGGUGGUGACAAAUUAGAUGCUGCUUUAUCUGAAUACUUUGCCAAGGAAUUCGAAAAGAAGUACAAGGCUAACCCAAGAUCCAAUGCCAGAUCAAUUGCUAAGUUAAAGGCUGAAUCCAUUGUUGUCAAGAAGACUUUAUCUAAUGUCCAAAGUUCCACUUGUUCCAUUGAAUCCUUAGCUGAAGGUUUCGAUUUCCACACCAGUAUCAACAGAUUGAGAUAUGAAUUGGCUGCCAGACAACCAUUAUCUGAAAUGACCGCCUUUGUCGAAAAAGUCAUCAAGAAGGCCGAAUUAGAUCCAUUGGAUGUUGAUGAAGUUUUGUUAGUUGGUGGUGCUGCCAACACUCCAAAGUUAGCUACCAACAUUUCUUACUUAUUCCCAGAAUCAACUAAGAUCGUUGCCCCAUCUUUAGAUUCAAAGGCUUUGGAUCCAUCAGAAUUAGUUGUCCGUGGUGCUGCUUUACAAGCCUCAUUAGUUGAACAAUUUGACGAAUCAGAAAUCAAGGAAUCAUUACAACCAAUUGUUGUCAAUACUCAACACUUGAGUAAGCCAAUUGGUAUCAAGGAUGCCGAAGGUAACUUCCACUCUAUUUUAGUUGCCGAAACCGCCUACCCAAUCAAGAAGUCCAUUGAAGUUACCAACGGUGAAUCUACUUCUGUUGUUGUUGAAUUAUACGAAGGUAAGAGAACUAUCAAGGAAACCGUUAUCGAACCAGAAGCAGCUGAUGCAGAAGACUCUGAAGAAGAAGAUUCUGAUGAGGAACCAGAAAUCAAGAGAGAAGUUGUUUAUGAAGCUGGUGACUUAUUAGCUGAAUUGACAUUAAAGAACUUGAAACCAAAUGCUAAAUUAGAAGUUAUCAUCAACAUCACUCAAAACGGUGUUUUACAUUUAUCUGGUAGAGAAUUAAAACAAGGUGCUAUUGCCAUCAAGGGUGAAGUUCAACCAUCAGCCUAGAGGAGGUUUAUAGAACGUAGAUGCUUUUAAAUUUUAAUCUAUAGUAACUUAGUUAUAG